AUGUUUGGAACGACCCAAUUCCUAGUAGCUGGCAUGUUAAUCAGUGGUGUUUGCAACACCAUUCUUAACAAACUUCAGGACAAGCAGUGCAUUUCCAACUGUGAUGAUCCGACCAACUCGGAAUAUUUCGAACAACCAGUAUGGCAAACAUUGAACAUGUUCAUUGGUGAAACAAUGUGUUUUGUAGUCGGUUAUGUUGCUUUGCUAUGGGAAAGUCGAAAGGCGAAACAGACUUAUGAACCCUUGGAACCUCCAGUCGCCUUGACUCAGGAGGUUUCAGAGGUGGAGGUAACCGAUGAGUAUCUUGGUCCAAGUGAAGACUUGACCGGUUGGAAGGUACUUUUAUUUUGGUUACCUACUUUAUGCGACAUCAUGGGUACCACGUUCAUGAAUGUUGGUCUAAUCUACACAACAGCCUCAGUUUAUCAAAUGCUUCGUGGUGCUGUGGUCCUAUUUACUGGCACAUUCUCUGUACUAUUCCUUCGAAAAAAUCUCUACCCCUAUCAUUGGUUCUCUCUAUUUCUCGUAGUAUUAGGUGUGUCUAUUGUCGGUAUGAGUAGUAUCCUCUUUCCAACCGAAAAGUACGAUGCCACGGAUUCGAGUAGAAUACUAAAGUCGUCAGAUCAUCCAACCACUAUCGUCAUAACUUCAUCUACUGUUUCUACAGAAUCAACUGAGUCAAUUAUUGGAGUGUUCUUUGUAUUAUUUGCACAAAUAUUUACUGCUGCACAGUUUGUUAUAGAAGAAAAAAUCAUGGAAAGAUUUCGGGUCAAGCCAUUACGAGCAGUAGGGCUUGAAGGAAUAUUCGGUUUAAUGACAGUAAUAUGCGGCAUGUUGUUGUUGCAUCUCCUAAUUGGUAUAUCACAUCCAGGUGGAUACUUCGAUGUCCUAACCGGAUUUCAACAAAUUAUUAGUUUUAAACAAAUUUGGAUUUCCGGUAUUUUAAUAUGCUUUUCGAUAGCGUUUUUCAAUUUCUUUGGCCUCAGUGUUACGAGGAGAAUUAGUGCUACCGCUAGGUCUACGAUUGACACCAGCAGAAUCGUCUUUAUUUGGAUAGUUUCUUUGUUUCUUGGGUGGGAGGCAUUCUCUUGGUUACAAGUCAUUGGAUUCAUUGUUCUCAUUUGUGGAACCUUUAUUUUUAAUAAUGUCAUGAGGCCGCCACCGUGUUUCACCGUACCGUCGGCGGCUCGGACUAACGAGAAUCAACCUUUAUUGCCUGAGGAUCAUGAGCACAAUUAG